AUGGCUGAUCGUCUUCCGCUCUCGUGCUCCUCCUUGUACAGCUAUGCGCAGUCGGCUCGGUCGAGACCGAAGGUGAUAUCCGGUGUCUCUGUAUCAGCGUGGAAGAAAGACGACAAAGUCUUGCGUUGUGGCGUUUGCGCGAAAAAGUUUGGAUUACUUCGCUGGAAACAUCAUUGCCGAGCAUGUGGUGACAUUUGCUGCCGUCGAUGUCUGGGUUUCUGUCUCGUGAAUGUCCCGGAGCAGGGUGUGGAUCUAGCAUAUACGUGCGCUCGCUGCGUGCAGAAGAACACAAGCAAACACACGCUUGUCGGUGGUGUCGACUGGCCUUUCAAGGGAGAACCGCAUAGCUUCAAACUCCGCCUAAGCCGAUCAGCUAAUUCGCUUUCGACCAUGGUGACAAGUGACUGCACUCCUUCACCUACUUUAGCCUCGCCGUGUUCGUUUUCCUGGUCGAUCACGCCGAGACCUUCGCCACCGCAGUGUGCACGAGAAUUCGAUGUGAUUGUCAGUCAAUACCAUAACCAGAAGCUCCACUCGGUCUGCUCUCUGCUUAUAGACUAUCUCGACUGCAUUGGCGGGGCUAUCGUUCUUAUUCAGGAUCACCACCUGUGCGUAAUUGCACACAAAGGACUCCAUCCACAAGUUCUGCAUGACCCCACGUUCCUCUCUAUUUGCAGCCAGGCGCUUUGCACACAGAAUGCUUUCACCGUGCCUGACACCGCCAACUCUUCUGCUCCUACUUCGUCGGUUGAUCCCAGCAGGUUUCAGUUUCUUGGAGCUUCUCCUCUCUUCAAUAUCCGUGAGACUGUUGGACCAGCACUUGGGUGCAUUGUGGCACUCGACACUCGUGCUCGCAGCGCUGCUUCCUCGUCAAAGAUGCGUAUCACUCUCGAUAUCCUCGCUGAUCAUGUGAUGGAUUUAUUGGCACAGGAGUAG